AUGGAAUCCACAAGCUCGAAAGUCAAUGUUUCAAACUCUAGACAAUCUUCUAAGCAGCUUCUGUUUGACCGCCGCUAUGGAUGGGUAAUCGAUGAGUGGAAAGACCCAGCAGAGGAAGCACUUGAUGGAGGCCGAGGAAUGUUUUGCAUAUUGCCACUUGCCAAAGCUUUGGUGCAUAAGGCCUCACAAUCGAUAAAUUUUGCAGUAAUCUCGGUCAAAAAAGCUUCAGAAAACCCAGAUUUGUUUUCCCCUCAGAUUCUGCAGAAGGAUUUGGAUGACGGUGUUAAGAGCUUUAUGACAUCUUUAAAAAACUUUGGGAAUAAAGGUUUCAUCCUCCACAAGAAUUCUCAGUCACAUGUCUCCAAUAGCUCUACCCUCUCACAAACAGAAAGCAAUGAAUGA